UCAAACCGCAAAGUUAUGUUAAAAAUCUCGCGACUAUUCCGUUCUUGAUUCCGUAUCACCGAGGUCGAACGGAAAUCACGUUGCCGCUCCGACUAGAGCGGAACGGCAACGUCGCAAAAACGCCUAGCAGCGAGGAAAAGACAUUCAGUACGGUCGGUGGCCGCGCAGUGCGCAACAUGGCAAAUUUCGACACGAUAAAGUUAAUAGAAGAAGUUAAACGAAGAAAUGUGUUGUGGUUAAGCAAGAAUCGUAGUUCUCACGGAGAAGCCGACGCUAGGAUCAAGGCUUGGGAAGAGAUAGCGGCGAUAUUGUACCACGAUUGGAAUAUUUGCUCGGAAGUACAGCGGGUGCAGAGACUGGAACUUCUCAAGAAGAAAUGGCGUAACGUGAGAGAUUAUUACCAAAAAGAAAAGAAGAGACUGGAUUAUAAAUCUAAAACACCAGGAAAAGUGAGAGAAAAGAGAAUAUAUAACUACUUCGAUCAAAUGACGUUCUUAGAUGAUGUCCUAGAGAGAAGACAUGACAGUCACAACACAGAAGAAUUAUUAGAUGAGACAUUUGAGGAUUCUAAUAAUUCCACAGAAGAUAGUCUUCCGAUAAGGCCUGUAAAGCAAGAAGAAAAAGAUCCAAUACCGACCAAUGAAAUGCCGUCAUUUGUAACGGAAAUUCUGACAUCUCCGAACUGUCAAGAAGAUUCAAAACUGACAGCGAACAGGAACUUUUUGCUCUCGUUACUACCGGACAUGACGUCAUUGGAUGAGAGGGAUAACAUGAGGUUUCGUAUGGGAGUAUUGCGUUUGAUGAGUGACAUAAAAUUCGGUUCGGAUUGACUGCCUAUUAUCCGGUUCACAAAAUCGUAUCUCUCUUUAGUGGGGAUCUGCAAUAGCCGGCUAAUUAGAAAUUGUAACCGGCGGGGAAGUACAUUUGCCUAAUUCUAAUGAACCUGGUACCUGCGAGCGCUCUGCGGUAAAUGCUGGAUUCGUCCUGAUUUUACUUCGAUCUUUUGUGUUUUGGAACUUUUAGAAUAGAUACGGUACAUAUAUAAGAACUGUUAUUUGUAUUUCUAUUGGUAAUUAUUACUUUAGUUAACGUAUGUGAUUAAUUUUUG